AAACAGCCCCUCCAGGACUCGAAAGUGAAUGGUGCGCUCGGCACACCCGACUCGACAAAAGCGGAGGCCGGUCCGCUACGACUCAGGUGUGUAGCCGCCCCUCUCUAAGAAAAAGCGGAAGAGCUCCACUUCCGCUGCGGGUACCCGCUCGAGCUGCAGGGGGCAAUCCUAUUCCGCGGAACCCCCACUCCCCCCAAUCCUCCUCCCUCCUGCCAACCCCCUCCUCCAGCCAGACUCGCGGUUCCAGGCGGCGUCUACAUACGGAACAUCCUGCCUUCUUAGCGGCGAGGGGGGGAGGAGGAGACAGCGAGUGAGUGAGCGAGCUAGAGAGAGAGAAAGAGAGCCGGAGGGAGGCGAGACGAGCCAGUAAAUCUAUCAGGAGCGAGCAGAGAGGCGGCCUGCAACCCGAGAAGAGGAGGGGGACCUUCUUCUUCUUGGUCUGGCUUUUUUAUUUUGCGUGUGGAUUUUAAAACACAAGCCGGCGGCGCGCUCUGAAAGUUGGACCCCAGACGAUUUGGACGACCCCCCACCCCCACCCCCCUUGAAGGAGGCAGCGGCGGCUACCACCAACCGGAAGGCUGUGGCCGCGUACCCCUCAAGCGAGCAUGAGGCUGCUGCCUGGGUUGCUGCUGUUGGCGCUGGCCGCUGCGCCUCGGGUUCACGUCGCCGCGGGACAGACGUGGUCGUUGGGCGAUGACGAGGGCUCGACGGCGGACGGCUUUUACGACGACGAGGACCUCUACUCGGGAUCCGGCUCUGGAUUUCCCGACAUCAGCGUGAGGCCGACGUCCGUGUCGCUAUCUUCCACCACGGAGGAUCCUGUUCCCCAGUCCACCACUCAGGCCACAAGCCCUGCCCCCUCAGCCGCACCCGCGGCCGAGCCCAGCGCCGACCCCACCGUCACCGCUACGACUGGCGUCCCUACGACCGGCGCUCCCACCACCGUCAUCGUCACUUCUUCCGCCGCCUCCACCGUCCUGCCGACCGAAGCGGACGGCGAGAGCGGCGCCUUCUGGGAACUGGAGUUGGAGAAGGAGAAGCAGCUGGAGAGGGAGCGCGAGCGAGAACGGGAGCGCGAGCGGGUUCGAGAGAUGGAGCGCCAGCGGGAGCGGGAGAGAGAGCGGGAGCGUGAACGGGAACGAGAGCGCCAGCGGGAGCGGGAGAGAGAGCUGGAACGCAUACGGGCCGCCGCUGCCGCCCAGACCACCGCCGCCCCUAUAUCUUCAGCUCCCGUCGCCACGGUGACAACACCCAAAGAAGAAGAAGAGGAGGACGUGUACCUGUCGCCGGAACCCACGUCAGACGUGGAUAUCACCACAAAGGAGGACGUGCCGACCACGGAGGAGCCCACCGCCGCCGCCACCGCCGCCGCCACCACCACCACUGCUGACCCGCCCAGCAGCACCGUCAAGACCCGGUUCUCCUUCAGGCCCAGGGUCCCCGCGGCGACCACCACGCUGAGGACGCCCACCACGGUGAGAACGCCCACGGAGAGAAGCACGCGCCCACCGCAGCCUACAGCCAGCACACAGGGCAACAACGAGCUGGCGGCCGUGGGGCCCAGCGGCGACUUUGAGAUGAACGAGGACCAGCGCAACGAGCUGGGCCGCGGCUUGGCGCCAGAAGAACCCGAUCUGGCGGGCAACACGGUGGACGGCGGCAGCUCGGCCGCGCAGCUCCCGCAGAAGAACAUCCUGGAAAGAAAGGAAGUCUUGAUAGCGGUCAUCGUGGGCGGCGUGGUGGGCGCCCUGUUUGCCGCCUUCCUGGUCAUGCUGCUGGUGUACCGCAUGAAGAAGAAGGACGAGGGCAGCUACACGCUGGAGGAGCCCAAGCAGGCCACCGUCACCUACCAGAAACCCGACAAGCAGGAGGAGUUUUACGCGUAACGCAAACACGCCGCCGCCAUGAGCACCACCGCGACGCCAAACCUCCUCCCCCUUCGAAACGCCCCACCCCACCCGUCUCUCUCUCUCUCUUCCUUUCUUCUGCCAACCACAAGAGCGCCUUUUUUGCGGACUUGGAACUUUCUUUUCAAUGAAAGUAUCGAAAAAAGGGACUGGAAAAAAAACCAAGAAAGCAAAAAUAUUCUUUAAAAAAAAAAAAAAAAAAAAGACAACCAUGUUUUUUUUCAAUGUUGUUCUUAAUAUUCUCUUGUUCUGUAUGUGACAAUGCGGAUUAUUUUGUAAGAAAAACAUCAAAACUAAACACGUUUGUGUGUGACGGCGUCUAAAAACAAAAUGGUACUCUUGAAGCCAAAUGUGCGAGGAGACGAGAGAGGAGGAAGCUGGCUACGAGACAUCCCGUCCGGUCAAAAAGCAACCAGAAUCUCGUCGUGUACAAAGACUCGCAAUGGAUGAUAAGAAUAUGAUGAGAAUCGUUUGGCCCGGAUGCUUCAAUUAUGAUCAUGACAAUAAUAAUAACAAAGCUGUAUUGAUAAUAUUACUGAAACAAGACCGUGUGUAUUUAGCUGUUUCCAAAAAAAGUUUAUAUGUAAAUAUCAGUGUUUUACUUUGAUGCCAUCACUAAUCAUCUGCAUGAUUUUUUUUUUUUUUAAUUUAUCUGUCAUCACUUCAGAUGAGCUGUGCUCUGGCCACACACACACAAACACACACGCACACACACGGGGCUUCCAUUUUUUUGUCAACUUCUGGUCCGAAUAUUUGUGUCAUUUACUAGCCCAAUAUUUGACUUGAUUUACAAAUGUUUCAUUUACCCUCCUCAUAUUUUGUGUGCCAAUUCUUUUGUCCAUUGCAACUUCCUUUCCCAACCGUAUGGCGACCUUGUCCAAUCUUUGUGUCCCAAUACUUGUGUUAAUUUCCUACUUCCUGCCCCGACACACGCACGCACACCCACGCGCGUGUAAUGCAAUACUGUGGAUGAAUCACACUGUCGCGGCUCUCCAUUCUCUUGGUUUUAGCCAUCAGUUGCUUUUGCACCCGUGCCGACCUUUGCAUGAUUUUUAUUUACCUGCAGAGGAGGAGGAGCUGGGUCAGCUUUGGGUUUGGAAGGCGUGUGGGGGGGUGCUUCUAUCUAAGAGAUUGUAACCACGCCAGUGUAGCUUCUUAUACUCAGUACUGUAGAUAAACAAAACAUGCAUGGGAGUCCAAACAAUAUUAGUGUUUGUGUGUGAGAGGUGUGUGUUAACCUCAUCCAACUGUUCUCACGCUCUUCCACAGACAGGUGACACUUUGUUCACUGGCGUGCGUGCGCGUGAACAGUUCGUCUUCAAAGGCGACGUGUGCGUGUGUGUGUGUGUCAAAUUAUGACGAGAGAGAUACGUGUGAAGCAGAUUUUGUGUGUCACUUGCAUGUGCGUGAGAGAGCACCUCAUUUGAAGCCACCACUUGCAGGCGUGUGUGUGCGCGCGCCUUGUGUGUUUGCUCGCUCCCAACCGAAUGUCUCUAACACACGCGCACGCAUAUGCAGAGCGUGUCCGUCCACACGGCCAGGCAGCAAUGAUGUGAACACGUGUUGUUUUUUCUAAAGUGACUGUCUCCAAGCGUGCGCGCGUUUGUAGCCAAGUAUGCGUGCGAGUGCGCGCGCAUAAGUGGAGGCGACUUGUACGUUUGCUCUUCUCAUUCCUGGUUUUAUACAUUUGCAUUUUUUUAAGGCUGAGUUCUUCGAGUCAUUGGCUGCGUGAGUGUGCGGGGGGGGGGGGGGGGGAGCACUCCAGCCCACCCCACCCACCGCGUCACUGUCGCCUUGUCACUAAUCUGCCUCUGUUCCAAAUAAAAGACCUGAUUGGCUAAAA